AUGGCAGUACAUGGAGCAGUGAGCUCAGAAGACUUGAAUCCUGAACAGUUUAUGAAUAUUAGUCAGAUAAUCCAGUACUGGGGAUAUCCUUCGGAAGAGUAUGAGGUCCUUACAGAAGACGGCUAUUACUUGAGCCUGAACAGGAUCCCAGGAGGUACAGAAAAGCUCACGAUUCCAGGCUCCAAAUCAUCUAUACUGCUGCUGCACUGUUUGACCAUGGAAGGCAGCGUCUGGGUCACAAAUCUGCCGCAUCAGAGCCUGGGCUUCAUAUUAGCAGAUGCUGGAUAUGAUGUUUGGAUUGGAAACAACAGAGGAAACUCCUGGUCUAGAAGACACCAAAACCUUUCAAUUGAAGAAGAAGCAUUCUGGGAUUUUAGUUUUCAUGAGAUGGGAAUCUAUGACCUUCCUGCCAUGGUAGACUUCAUUCUGCAGAAAACUGGACAGAAGAACAUCUAUUAUGUCUGCCAUUCUCAAGGAUGCUCUGUUGCUUUUGUGGCAUUUUCUAUUUUACCUCAAAUGGCUGAAAAAAUUAAGACGUUUUUUGCCCUGGCCCCUUCCUAUACAUUGCAGUACACUAUCAGCGUCCCACUACAAAUCAUACGCUUUCCAGCAGAACUGGUGAAGGCUAUAUUUGGCACAAAGGAAUUUUGUCUGCUGAGUCCAAAACUGAAAGCCCUUCUGGCCCGAAAGUGCAGCCGUCGCCCGGUAGAUGAGCUUUGCAAACAAGCUCUUUUUCUUGUCAGUGGAUUCAAUGAAAAAAAUCUAAAUGCAAGUCGGACUGAUGUAUAUGUAUCACGAUUCCCAGAUUAUACGUCUGUGAAAAAUAUGAUCCACUGGGGCCAGACAGCUAUGGCAGGUCAAUUCAGAUAUUUUGACUGUGGCUCAAAGAACAUAGAUAUAUACAACCAGACGACUCCUCCCUUGUACAGAAUUGAAGAGAUCACCAUCCCAACAGCAAUGUGGAGUGGAGGACAGGACUGGGUUUCGCAGCCCAAGGAAAUUGCAGAAUUGCGGCCUCGAAUUACUAAUCUCAUUCAUGACACAGAGUUCCCUAAGUGGAACCACUGGGAUUUCAUUUGGGGCCUCGAUGCUUUUCAGCUGAUGUACCCAGAAAUACUUGACCUGAUGGAGAAGUAGCUGGGAAACUGUUUGGUUAUU